AUGUUUGUCUACUCUGGAAAGCUAAACUGGGGCACCUCUGCCACGGACGAGCUCUUCAUUGUCAUCCUCCCCGACGGCACGGCCCGUCGCGGCGAUAGUGUCUACCUCUCCUCCCAGUGGACCAAGGAUGCUCAUGGCAACAGGAAGGUUAACUGGUUUGACACCAAGACCGUGACGAAUGUGACCAAGACAGAAGAUGGUGAAGACGUGAUCGAAAUGACACACAACUUCUAUACCUAUGUCAUCAACACCAAGCAAGCCUACGGGAAGCUCGACCUCACCAUGUCGAACCCGAACAACAACAAGAGCUACAUGACUCUUGAUCGCGUCUACCAGUCUCAGGGAGAGGUGGCGACCGAUUCAUUCCAAAUCUGGACUGGGAAGCUAGACUGGCCCAAGUAUGCCAGCAACGAGCCGAUCAUCGUCCUUGCCCCAGAGGGUGUCGGAGCUGGAAAGCCCGUUCUGGCUUUCUGGCAGUGGACCGAGGACGCGGAAAAGAAGUCCAAGGUUCCGUUCUCCAUCAACACCGUUCAGAGGGUGGAGAAUGGCUUAGCCGGGCCUCUCAAAUUUGGGUUCGACGGCCCCCCUUACAGCCUCUACUGCACCCGGAAUGAGGCGACUGCGAAUCUCGCGGUCCGUAUGAAGGGCCCAGAAGGUGAGAAGGAACUUGGAGAUCUCACGCAGGCAGUGAGCAGGCAGUCUCACUCUCACGAGAUGACUCCGCCAGAACCACCUUUGGAGAAGUCUGAACUGAGAGUUUGCUACCCUCAGACUGAAGCUGCGCUUCCUCGCAUCCAGACUCAGAUGCCGUUCCCUCACACUCUUGUCGAAACUCUAACCCACACGGCCUCUUUCGUUGACCAGGCUGGCUACCUCGCCAAGUAUGCGACCGAGGAGCACAGCGUUGACCAUGCACAGCGAUUCAACGUCCUUGACAAGUCAUUCCACGGACUCAGGGAGCAGGUGGACAACUGCAACAAGCAGAUCCGUGACCUCAACGGCAAGAUCAGCGAGCUUAACAACGAGAACAAGCUCGAGAAGAACAAGAGCGCCGAACUGGAGAAGAAACUGUCCGACGCGCGUGAUGAAUAUGCCAAGAAGGAAGCAGAGCUCACUAAGCAGAUCCAAGACCUGCAAAAGAUCAUCUCAGGUGAUCGUGAUCACGACGCAGCGGACCACAAGGCUCUCGACGACGCUCACCAGAUGAUCGCCGAGGAGCAAGCCGCCAAGGCCAAGCUUCAGAAGCGCCUGGAUGAGACCGAGAUUGCCUUGACAGCAGCCCAGACCCGCAUCCAGCAGUUGUCGGCACAGAUCUCGGAGCUGAACUCCGAGGUCAGCCACCUCCGCGGCCAACUAGACGUGGAGCUCGAGCACAACAAGGAGCUUGACAAGAACAACAAGGAGCUCAACCAGAAGGUAGCCAAGUUGGAGUCUGGCCUAGCCUCGACGCAGAAGCAACUUGCUCGCACCCAGGAGGAUCUCGAGCAGGCUAGGGCCGAGAGCGAUGACAAGGAUAAGAUCAUCGAAGGCCUGGAAGCUGGCCUGGUGGCCAUCAAGAAGGAUCGCGAUGCCAAGAAGAAGGCAGUAGAGGAGCUGAAGAAGAAGACCGACGCCACCAUCCAGGAUCUCGAAGCCAAGCUCGCAUCGUCAGCGGGCGGCAGCGGCUGGCAGCCACCAAAUGACAGCAUCUUCCCCUUCAAGCAGACUACCCCCACCCCGUUGGCUCAGAGCAUUGCCAAGCACGAGGGCAAGUCCACCUGGGCUAGGCUGUCGCCUUGGAUCGGCAACAUGGCCAACCGCGGCCACUUUUUCAACACGCUCGACGACGCGCCCGAGAGCGCCAAGCUCAAGACCCUCCGCAUCCACAGCGACGGCAACUGGGUCAGCGGCUUCACCGUGGAUUGGACCGACGGCAGCAGCAAGAGCUACGGCGUCCUCCACGGCUCACCCGUGCACACGGUCUCCCAGACGCCGGACCAGCCCAUCGUUGCCGUCAACGUGGUGACCGAUAACUUCCAGCCUCGCCUCCCCUAUCAGACGCUCGCCAACAUGACCUUCUUUGGCUUCGACAAGACCAACGGGUACCAGCAGGUAGACGAGUACAUCGCGCCGCAUGCCCAUGACCGCUGGACCACGGCCGUUGCCAGGACGUCGCUUGCGCCGGCCCUUGAUGGCACUUGGGCUCUGCGUGGAGUUUAUGGGUACUAUGAUGGGUGCAUUGAUGCUAUUGGCUUUGUUUGGGGGAUUGAGAAGUGA